GCUCGCGUCACCCUGCGAUGGCAGGACGAGGGCAAGGGCGAGGCGAGCUCGGUAUGAUACGAAGGGGAGCGACUUUAAUUGGACAGCCGGUGCGGUGGGCAGCAACUCAUUGCAGCUGCUCAGUCCUGAUGGGCAAGGGCCAGGACCGCGUGGUCAUCGGCCGUUGUCACGACAGGCGGCGAAGCUUCUUGCAUCCUCACUUCUCUGCUUUUUCUUCUUCUUCUCGCCCCACCACCAAUCCUUAGCAACCAUGAGCUCCUCCUCCUCCUCCCCCACCAAGGAGAACAAGCGCUGGAUCCUCUUUGCAUUUGAGAUGGCCUGCUCGGGCCACCAGUCUCCCGGCCUCUGGACGCAUCCCGAGGACAGGUCGCACCUGUACAACAAGCUAAGCUACUGGACCGACCUAGCCAAACUGCUCGAGAAGGGCAAAUUCGACGGUCUCUUCCUCGCGGAUGUCCUAGGCAUUUACGACCGAUACGGCUCUUCCCCCUCUGCUGCCCUUCGAUCGGGAGCCCAAGUCCCGCUCAUCGACCCAGCCUUUACCGUACCUGCAAUGGCUGCCGUGACCCGUCACCUCUCCUUUGGCAUUACGGCCACCACCUCGUACGAGCACCCCUACUCCCUCGCGCGCCGAUUCAGUAGCUUGGACCACCUCACUAACGGGCGCGUAGGGUGGAACGUGGUGACGGGUUAUCUGGAUAGCGCUGCGAGACAAUUUGGUGCGAAGAGCCAGGAGAUGCAUGCGAGGCGAUAUGAGAUUGCCGACGAGUACAUGGACGUGGUAUACAAGCUCUGGGAGUCCUCCUGGUCAGACGACGCGGUACGACACUCCAUUCCCUCCCAACUCUUCACGGACCCCACGCGGGUCCAACCCAUCCACCACACCGGACCAAACUACUCCGUCCCGGGCCCACACAUCUGUGAGCCCUCUUUGCAGCGCACCCCCUUGAUCUUCCAAGCGGGCUCCUCAGGCCCCGGACUAGCCUUUGCCGGCAAACACGCCGAAGUGGUAUUCAUAGCAGCGCAUCGCCCGGACGUGGCAAGGAAACGCGUAGAUGCUGCACGGGCGGCUGCUUCUGCUGCCGGGCGCGACCCGAAGAGCUUGAAAGUGCUAGCCCUACUCUGUCCCAUCGUGGGGACUACGGACGUUGAAGCUCGCGAAAAGCAUGCCGACUUCCUCGCCCACGGAAGUGAUGAGGGGGCAUUGGCCUUGUUCGGCGGAUGGACGGGGAUGGACCUCUCCCCCUACUCGGACGAUGAGGAGCUCCGCACAGCCGCUGCCGCUGCUGGGUCGAAUGCGAUCAAGAGUGCCAUCGACGGAUUUGCGCAACAGGACCCUUCGGUGCAGAAGUGGACGAAGAGGGAGGUGGCCAACUUGAUCAAGGUAGGUGGGUUAGGACCGGUGGUGGUGGGUAGCCCGGAGGGGGUUGCUGAUCAGUUGGAGGAGUGGGUGAGAGAGGCAGGCGUGGAUGGGUUCAAUUUGGCUUAUGCUGUUGCGCCGGGAACUUUCGUUGAUUUCAUCGAGUUGGUUCUGCCCAUUUUGAGGCAGAGGGGUCAUGUUUGGGCGGAGUACCCGGAGGUUGAGCAGGAGCCCGCUGGGUGGAAGGGGGGAAAGGAGCUGAGCGUGGGCCAGGCCGCGGGUGGGUUUGGAGCCCAAGAGGUCUUGGGGCUGACGGCAAGGGAGAAGCUGUAUGGUAUUGGGCAGAGGAGGCUUAGGGAUGAUCAUUAUGCUAGUCGAUUCAGGUGGAGGGCAAGGCAGCCUGCGCCGGAGCUGCCUGGCCAGCGCGAGCCCCGCGAGACGAAUGGUAUUGAUGGCAAGGAGGGGGAGCCGGAUGAGGCGCCGACUAAACGCAAGAAGACUGGGUGAGGGUGGGACGACGCGAUGGUGCGCUCCUCUAAUCUACUCCUUUCCAUUUCGCCUGAGUCGUUCAUGGCAUCUCGUAGUCAUUUCUUGUCGUG